CAGAAAAAAGUCAUGAGUACAUAUGCACAACCCAUGAAGGAAGCAAGGUUUCGGUUUUGCCUUUGCAGUUCAGGUCAAAGUUCAACUGUGGUGUGCUAGAUAAGAAGUGAACUCCUGUGCAAGUGCAAGAAGUGGGGUCACAAAUAGGACACUUGGGUUUUGAGGUACUUUUCUCACACAGCCCCCAGAACAGACCCCUAGUGCCCAUCAAAUGAAGAUCUGACUAUGCAUGAUGGCAGAACCAUGCCUAUUGCCUCGUGUGCUAAUGAGGAACUGAAAUACACGUCUGCCUCUGCUUUUUACCCAAAUAAGGGACUGCAUAAGAAUUACUCAGGAAAUAAAAUGAACUGGGUGCAAUCCCACCAUCAAGAAGCCCAAGACACAGAAGGACCAACAGGACGCUGCUGGAUCCAUGGAGGGAGAUAUUGAAAUCUUAAACCUGGAUAUGAAGCCUGGGAACAUCCUGAAGGUGAAGGGCAAAAUACUUGCUGAUGCACCUGACUUCAGCAUCAACCUUGGCUACAACUCAAGAGAUCUGGCAUUUCACUUCAGUCCCCGCUUCAAUGAGUCUGUCAUCGUCUGUAACUCCAAGUGCUCCGAUCGCUGGCAGACGGAACAUCGUGACCACCACCUCUCUUUCUGCAGGGGCUCCACUGUCAAGUUCUUCAUUGAAAUGCUGUCAGACAAAUUCCGUGUGAAACUGCCGGAUGGUCAUGAGGUGUGCUUUCCCAACCGGCACGGCUACUGCAAGAUCAACUACAUAAGCAUCCAUGGAGGCUUAAAGAUGAUCUCCCUCAAGCUGACCUGAUGGGCACCACUUCCUAGCUCUAAUAAAAAACCAAGCCAGUGGAA